UGUCAGUCAGAAACGCACCGAGUCACCAUGACACAGCUAGGCAACUCUACGGGUGGUUGCCACCCAGGUGAUAGUAGUAGGCUGCAGCUUCAUUGUUCAGUGUGGGAUACCGGUCUCAGAACACCAACCUACUGAUGCGCACUGGGUUCCGCGUGCUGAAUAGAGUUCGCCAUAGGCCUACAAUUAACGCAAACAAUAUGAAGGCAAGAGUAGUCGCCAAAACAGUUCUCAGCGUGGAACAAGCCGAGGGAGUAGGUGCACGAGUUCGGAGAAGCAUCGGAAGAAGAGAGCUGACGAAUUUAGACCCGUUUCUAAUGUUGGAUGAAUUUCGUGUCAGCAAGCCUGCGGGAUUUCCUGACCAUCCGCACAGAGGAUUCGAAACAGUCACCUAUCUGUUGAAAGGUGCUUUAGUACAUGAGGAUUUCUGUGGCCACAGAGGAACCUUGGAGCCAGGGGACCUGCAAUGGAUGACGGCCGGCCGAGGUGUGGUGCAUGCGGAGAUGCCCAUGUCAGAGGGGCCCGUCCACGGCCUCCAGCUGUGGGUGAACCUGAGGGCGGCCCACAAGAUGGUGGAGCCCCAGUACCAGGAGCUGAAGGCACGAGAGAUCCCCAGGCCCACCAUGGAGGGCGUCACAGUGGCCGUCAUCUCAGGGGAAGCCCUGGACGUGAAGUCAAAAGUCUACACACGCACUCCCACCAUUUAUCUGGAUUUCAAGCUAAAGCAAGGGGCAAAGCAUGUGCAGCCAAUACCAACAGGCUGGACUGCAUUCAUCUACACCCUUUCUGGAUCUGUUUGUGUUGGUCCAGCUGAAGAACAGAAGCAUAUUGAACCACAUCACACUGUGGUAUUUGAAGAUGGAGACUGCAUUAGAGUAGAGAAUAAGGCAACAGAGGAGUCCCAUUUUGUACUGAUUGCAGGUGAACCUAUCAAUGAGCCUAUGGUUCAGCACGGUCCAUUUGUCAUGAACACAGAAAAAGAAAUCACACAGGCCAUCAGCGACUACAGAACAAAAACCAACGGCUUUGAAAGGGCAAAAUCUUGGCGAUCGAAAAUAGCUCAGUAAACUUCACCUUGUACAAACCCCAACUCCAUAGAAGUUGGGACGCAAGGUUAAUUGUGAAUAAUAACAAAAUACUGCCAUUUUCAAAAAGUCUGGGUCUGACAUUAGUUGGAGAAGGGUACAAAGAAAAUAUAUCAGCCAUCAAAACUGACCAAAAAUAUUGUUUUGGGGGAUAUUCAUGAAUAUGUAAAUCCAACGCGUCUCUAAAGAGUUGGGACGGGGACCAUAAAAGGCAGCAAAUGUCGAGGGAGACUAAAAACAAAACAAAGGACAACACUUAAUAGUUAAUAACAUUAACCGAUGAGAUGAUUUUACAUAAAAACAGUGUUGAUUCCUAUCUUGGACAUGAUUUCAAAAUGGUAGGUGUAUUCCUUCUUGUCAUGUUUUGCAAUGUUUUCCUUUCUGUAGUGCUUACACUGUGGCAGGUCUUGACCAAAAGCCAGCCAUUUUAUGUCCUGCUGCCUUAUGUUGGAGUUAAACUGUUAUAACAUAGUAGAGAAUGCAAUUUCUUCGUACUAUGUGGCAGUUAUCGAAGAUCUCCCUUCAAAAUAUAAAGCACGAGUAGCUUUUCAUGCUGUUUAAAACCCAUUUAUUUCAUUCAGUACUGUAUUCAAUUCUACAGGUGAGUUAGAACAGCUUAACCAAUGUACUACUGCACCCCCAUGCCAUCAUGGAGGCUGACUUUUGAAGUUAGCACCAACACAAGUUGCAUGGUCAAUUUUCACUGUAGUACAGGAUGUGCAAGACUCUAUUAUUUUCAAAAAGAAUUGACUUCUGCAACUUCUGCUGACUUCUGUAAGCAAAUUACAGUUUCCCAUGUUUUCUGGGUCUAUUUCAAAUGAGCUCAGGUGGAUAGGGGAAUGUUAAACCCCUCUAUCAUUUGCACACAUGAGGCGUCCUUAAUAUGGUCAAGUUUUAACUCUUCUUAAUUCUCUGAGUGCUAGAGUGAGACUACAGCCAAUAUAUAUUUCAUGAUGUUAUGAACCUAUACAAUGAUUUUAAUGACAAAAAUAUGUCUUAUAUACACUCAAUCACAAUAAAUCAAGGGAAUUCAAAACUUUAUGUAAUAACUAUGGUAAUUGUUCCCUCUGCAUCUUUAAUUCUGAGUGACUCAGCCUCUCUGUAAUUGUCUUAUACCUGGACACUCAAAUUGUACAUCAGUACAAUUCAUUUUGAAAUGUUCAUCCUUUUUGUUUUAUCUUAUUUGGAUGCUUAUAACAUUUCACUGAUCCCCGUCCCAACUUAUUUGAGACGUGUUGCAGUUAUCAAAUUAGAAAUGAGUACAUAUGUCCCCUAAAACAAUAUUUUUCCUCGGUUUUAACACUUGAUAUGUUGUCUUUUCAAUAUUCUCCAUCUAAGGAAUGUAUUGAAUGUCUUGAAAAUGAUAGCAUUUUGAUUUUAUUCUCAGUUUACCAAACGUCCCCAACUUCACCGGAGUUGGGGUUUGUAUAUAGUGACCGUGUAAUACCUCAGUUGGUGAGCUGUGCUGUGCGUGUAGUGUGUAUACAGUAAGGCCAAGUCAUCUCUCUGGCAUUAAAAUAUUUAUCAGAAGUUGUUUGUACAGCGUUUCCCAACACAUGUUUGCAAGAUGCUCCAUUAAAGCGUGACUAAACACUA